CCGCCCAAUUCCAAUCUCCAAGCCGACUGGAAUCUCGGCGCGUACAAGUACCGCGAUGGCUGAUUCCACGUCGUCGGGGCUCUCAUCACGCCUAGCGAGACUUAACCCAUUCAAAAGCAAGGCAAAACGCGAAGAGGAUGAUGAGGACAUCGGUCAGGAAAUUGACGCUAAUACCCUGGCCGGCGGUGGCCACAGCGCGUUCCAAACCGACAUCACGCUGCACCGCUUGCGUGUCAGCGAGGCACUCAAAAGCUUCCUUUCCCACGAAGGGGUGUCGAGCGAGGGCGACACCGAAGGCCUGAGCGCCCUUCUCGAUAAGCCCAUGGUCUCGCCGCCGGCCCAUCUCAUUGACCGAUCGCACCCCUUGCCAGAGUACUUUGUUUCAUCUUCGCAUAAUACCUACCUGAUGGCCCAUCAACUCUACGGUACGUCGUCUGCUGCCGCGUAUGAGACCACCCUUAGGGCCGGGGCACGGUGCAUCGAGAUCGACGCCUGGGAUAAUCCGGAUGAUCCAAGGGAACCGAAAGUCACCCAUGGGUACACCUUGGUCUCAAACAUCCCCUUUCGAGCGGUCUGUGAGACAGUACGCGAUGUGGUUGAUCUCGAGGCCGCGGCCCCUCCUGUCCAGGGCUAUGCGCCAGCGCCAAUCCUUGUGUCACUGGAGAACCACUGCAACAGGGACGGGCAGAUACGUCUGAUCCAAAUCAUGAAGGAGGUAUGGGGCGACCGCUUGCUCAGCGAGCCGGUCCGCAAGAAGGGGCACGAAGAACAAGAGGGUGGAGAGCCGGUCACGCUCAAUGAUCUUGGCUCCAAAAUUGCCGUCAUUGUCGAGUACCAUCUCCCAGAGGAGGCAGAUGAUUCAAGCGACUCGUCCGACUCCAGCUCCUCCAGUGACUCGGACGAGGAGAAGCAGGCACGCAAGGAGUACAAGGCAAAGAAGAGAGCCACCUCGCCGCCCAUCAUCGUCCCGGAAUUGGCCCAACUUGGUGUCUAUGCGCAAUCGGUCAAGCCGCGCGAUACGUCUUGGUUUACAGAGGGGAAGAUUAAAGAUGGACCUCCUCGGCAUCACCUGGUCAACGUCUCUGAGUCCGGCUUGGCUCCGCACAUUACGGAGCAUGCGGUCAAGAUAGCGCAACAUAACGCCCGUCAUUUGAUGAGAGUGUUUCCAAAGGGCACCCGAAUUUCCUCGCAGAAUCUUUCGCCCAUACAAUUCUGGGCUGUUGGCGCCCAGAUCUGCGCCCUCAACUGGCAAACCUUUGGCGCGAGCAUGCAGCUCAACGACGCCCUCUUUGCCGGCACGGCGGGAUAUGUCCUCAAGCCGGCUGCCCUUCGCUCAGGCGGCAGCGGCGCCUCUUCGGCGCACGCUCGCCGCAGAAGCUUGCGACUCCGCGUCGCCGGAGCUACUGACAUUCCCCUCCCCGAGGGCCGCGAUGUUGACGAUGUCAAGCCAUACCUGACUUGCACGCUUCUCCAGCCCGGAACCGGGACUGACCCGAUCAAGGUCAAGCGGAAGACGGCACCAUACCACAAGAGGACGGCCUUGGCGCUGCCCUUUCUUGGCCUCGGCCGCGGUGAGCGCGAGAACCCUGAACAGACGGAGCCGGUGUGGGACGAGACGCUAGAGUGGGACUUUCUCGAUGAUGAGCUGGUGUUUGUGAGGAUGCUCCUCAAAAGCGACGACAGCUUCGCCAACAACCCCAUCCUGGCUGUCUCGGCUGUCCGGCUGCUUUAUGUUCAGCCAGGCUGGCGGUUCGUCCGCAUGCUGGAUCUCAGGGGUCACGAGACUCAAUGCUCGCUCUUGGUCAAGUUUGAUAUUCAGGAUGUCUAGGCAGAAUACUGAGCGAUCGUUGCUGCAAUAUAGCGUCCAUGGUUGAUGGACAACACGAAGCCUCCUG